AUGUUUAAUCAGGCCACACCACAUCCCAAUGCGCUUAAUGGGUCGAUGGCUUUGCCUUUCUUGGCACUGACGCGCCUAGCUCCGCGCAGCCUUCCUUUGUUCCUGGAUGGGGCUUACGUGGCGUGGUCCCUCUUCGCACUGGCGGCCUCGGCCUUCAUGGGGGCACCUGCCNCCUUGGGUGUGGCUCGCGGUCGCCUAGACCAGGUUAUCGCUCGGCUCCGCCCUUCACCCCUCAUNUCAGCCGCGGAUCAAGAAGCGUCUUACCAGCGGGGUCUGGCCGCGGCCAACCAGAUGCUCCUUGGUGCCCUAGCCUCUUCUACGGUGUCCCGCCAGGAUGGUGCCGUCACCGAGUUCCUGAGUUGGCUUUCCAGCCAUGGUCGUGGUCGGGACUGGUGGAAUUCCCGCCUCUCUUUGAACCCUGAGCCCCAGGCCUGA